UUUCACUCCCCCUUUCCUAGUACAGAUGAAGGUUGUAGCCCUCAUAAGUGGUGGCAAGGACAGCUGCUUCAAUAUGAUGCAUUGCGUUGCAAAUGGGCACGAGAUCGUUGCUUUGGCGAACUUGAAGCCUGCAGCGGCAACCGGCAAAGACGAAUUGGACAGUUAUAUGUAUCAAACUGUCGGUCAUGAUGCUAUUGAGCUUUAUCGCGAUUGCAUGAAUCUUCCACUGUUCAGACGCGAAAUUAGGGGAGAAGCUCGAGCGCAGGGUGCAGAUUACAGACCGACUGUGGAUGAUGAGGUGGAAGAUCUGUAUGAGCUGCUCUCUGCGGUCAAGGCGGCCAUUCCAGAUGUGGAGGGGGUUGCCUCUGGAGCGAUCUUGUCAAACUAUCAACGUGUCAGGGUAGAGAAUGUAUGUUCGCGCCUCGGAUUGACAUCUUUCGCCUACCUAUGGCGUAGAGAUCAGAAACAGCUCCUGGAAGAGAUGAUCGAGUCCGGAUUAGAUGCUGUCCUGAUCAAAGUAGCCGCCAUGGGGUUGAAGCGGAACCACUUGGGGAAGACCUUGAACGAAAUGUAUCCACACUUGUUGCAGAUGCACGAACGGUUUGAUGCUCAUAUCUGCGGAGAGGGAGGGGAAUUCGAAUCUUUCACGCGCGAUUGCCCGCUAUUUGUUAAAAGAAUUAUCCUCGACGAAGUUGAAACUGUGAUCCAUUCUGACGACGCAGUGGCGGUUGUCGCAUAUCUACGAAUCAAAAAGGCACAUGUGGAAGAUAAGGCACCUGAGGACAUAGGACUAACCGAAGAACAACGGGCAAUGCUAUUAAGCAACGGGAGAACGACCAAUACUGAUUGUCCGUCGAAAGAAGUGGCAAGUUUGAUGGUGCAAGAAAUGUCAUCUGAUCUCCUCGUUGACAAAGAACAGUCAGCAACUCCACUACGCUGCCGACCAGAGAACCGUUGGAGGCCGCCAUAUUUCACCAUACCGGGUAUACAAGUGCAAAAUGUCACUCCAAACAAAGCUCAGGGAACAUUGGAGGAAGAAACGACCAUAAUUUUGGAUUAUUUACAAGGUCAGCUAGUGUCAUGCGGCCUGACUUGGGAUAAUGUCGUAAUGAUGCAUGUGUAUGUGCGCGACAUGUCGGCCUUUGGACGACUGAAUGCGGCGUAUAACAGGUACUUCGGGCUCAAUCCGCCUCCAAGGGUGACAGUGGAAGUUGCAUUACCGGGGGAUUCCCAGGUGCAAAUUGACUGUCUUGCCUAUCAGUAUGCUGACCCAGCCCAUCGCAAGGAGACCCUGCACGUACAAAGUGUAUCAUAUUGGGCCCCCGCGAAUAUUGGACCUUACAGCCAGGCAGCGAUGGUCUCCGAUCAUAUAUAUGUAGCCGGUCAAAUUGGUUUGAUCCCGAAUACGAUGCAGCUGCCAUCCGCGACAUCGGUGGACCCCACCAGACGAAUUAUGGCUGGUCUAAUGGAGGAGAUAACUACAUCUCUGCGUAGUCUGGAGAGGAUCGUAGUUGCAUUGAGUGCCGACGUGGCGAGAGAUGCUGCUGCAUGUGUCUGCUAUGUCACGGACGCGAGAUUCGGUCUGGUAGCGAGGAAGAUUUGGGAAGAGCGCGUAGGACCGCAGGUUCCUGCGGUAUUCGUCACGGUUCCUGGUCUCCCACGUAAUGCGAAAGUCGAAUGGCAAGUACUAUUUGGAAACAGAUCUGCGCGACGGUCGUUGGUGGAUGAGUACCAUGAAGAGCCAGUGAUAGAGGUCCUCGAAAGAUAUCUGCAAGCUCAAUCCUCGGUAGAUGCAGAUAUAUGUUGGGAAGUACAGAGUUGGCACCGCGGCAACCUGGGUUGUGUCGUUGGUACUUGUGGACAGAGAGAUUUAUCAACUCCACUCACGCAAUCGAUUCUGACGACUGCUUGGCGCACGUUGCUAGCAUCUUUGAGCGAGAUUCUGGACGGCGUGAGUGAGAGAACGCUGGGUGUGAAGGAAGUGAUUUCGAUAAGAGUAUUCUACCAUUGCAAUAUUCCGUUGGCCUGGAUCGAAAAAGCGGUAAAAUGGGAAACUGCUAGCGGCCAAGGAGACUUCAUAACUUUCGUUCCAGUAUCCAACAUCAACGCAUCCUUAUCUGCACUGGCUGUUUCGGUUCAUGCUUCUCGGUCUAGCCCAGAAGUGUAGUAGCUACAACUAUAUAGAAGCUAUUGAUAAAAUAUACAUUGUGGAAUCAGC